GCUAUAUACAUAACAACGGAAUAUGACAUUCAUCCAAAAGUAAUAGAGCGCCAUGUUUGCAAUAAUCAUUGAAGUACCAUCUGUCACAAGCUUGUAAAAAGGAUAGCCCAUCGACCCAAGAUUUGGGUUUUCUCUCAGCCCAAAAUUAUUCCGCUGUUUCUGUAAAACGAGUCCUUGAUCACGCACACUCUCGCGUGCGGGGAGGGCUUGGACUGCCCGCCAAACUCCCUAAUCUUCCAGCCGUACUGGCACGACGAAAGAAUCGGGAACUCGUACUUUUCCUCGGGCGUCAGCAUCUUCCGUUUCCGUAGGUACGCGUUCCUCCCGUCACCGUGCGCACUGAUCCCGCUGUAGAGCAACGUGCGAGUGCCGGCAGUAGGUGGGCGCAUGUCAGGUCCGGCCGAUUCCUCUGAGAUGGUCGUAUCACUGCCGUCGCUCGUCUUCGCUGGUCCCGCCGCCCCUCUGCCACGCUUCUCGCUCUCCAGACGGCGAAUUCGCUCGGUUACCGCUUUCCCGUCCGGUACGCCGCUGUGUCGGGCUGGUUUAGCAGCGGCGGUGGGUUUGAACGGAGUCCCUGCGGCAGAUUCGUCACCUAGGGAGAACAUCUUCGAGUAGCGCUGGUGCCAGGAGAAGCGAAGCGCGGCUUCUCUGCUGAUGCUCUCCUUCCAGAAGUUCUGGAGUUGAGUGUCCAUACAUUUAGCCAUGACUUGCAGCAACUAGCUCCGAGUCGAGUAGUAGUAGCUUCUCGCCAGAAAAGUAUUGAAGCGUCUGCGCGCGCGUGCGUCGCGUCGCGCGAGAUAAAAAUGGGCGGGGCUCGUACCGCUCGUAACCUGGCAACGACACAGUGAUUGUGGGUAAAAGACCGUCUUUGAGAGAAUGGCUACGAACAGUGAAUAUCCUCAGGUGCCUGCAGUGGAAGAAGACGACAGGGAUGAGGAACAAUCUCCUGUGAAGCUCAGCACACUCCCAGGAGCAAAGACCUCAGAUUUCUACACCGUGAAGAAUAUUCCAGAAAGAUUUAACAACCCUGAUUGGUUUGAAGGAUAUAAUACACAAGCGGAGCAUCCGUUCUUCAGCACAUCCUCUUCCUCGUACGGUUCAAAGUCACCAUCAGUACACACCGUGCCAACACAAUUUCAUGGACGAUCGCAAAAGUUCACAAAGAACCUGGGAAAGUUUGGAAUGUACCGCAACCACUCCCUCAACACUGACCUGGACCGCAGCAAAGUGUGAAUGGCAAACAAGCAUCAAUCACUGACUAGCAAACAACAACUUUCUUGUAAUACAUACGUACAUAGGUCAUAAUUAAAUUUGAGCGGCAACGCAACGGCAUCA